UCACUUUUGCUAUCAUUGACUGUUGGAUCCUCUUGCAGAGCUCAGGUUGCAUAGCAGGAGAUGCUGAAGCCUGGAUUGGAUUCCUUCAUGUCAAUCAGAUGAACCUGCUGAUGCCAUGUGGAUAGUGACUUGUAUCCUCCUGCUUUUGGCAGGCAAUGGGAGGGCCUUUUGGAUACCCCAUCACCAAAUACUGCCUUUUACGCGUCUCGGCUCGACUUCUUUGGAAACCAUUUUGGAGUUGGAUCCACACCAAGUUCUAAAAUCGGACACCUUGCAUAACAUACAACAGUUGGUGGACCAACGGGGGGAAGCCCGAUGGGAGGGAAACUAUCCACAAGCAGAUACUCUCAAAGAACAAAUCUUGCAAGUCAGCUUGCCACAGGGAGUGGUCCUGUCACUGGAAGAUAUCCCACGGACAAAGGGAGGGGGGUCUCAUUGGAAACUGCACUAUCAGGUUGCAACGACAACAUCAAGAGAAAAGAAGCUGUCCGUCUUGCAAUUGGCGCAUGCGGCGUUGGGGCUGGCGGUUUCGUGCUCUCAAACCAUGACACCCCUCCAGGAAAAGCAGCAACAGCUGGAUCGGUUGGUACAUCAGGCCAAGACUCUCUUGAGGCAAUGGAAAUCUAUUCAUGAACAACGAAAUCUUACGAUAAUGGAAUCAAGUGCGAAUAGUCCUAGAUUAUCAAACAAUCCACAUCUUGAACAAGAAAAUAGCCAAGCAUGGCAGUCCAUCUUUGUUCACAAGCUGCACCAUGAUAAUGACGACAACGACGCUGACUACAUUACCGGUUGGUCCACCGUGGAAACCACGUUGCGAGGUCGCAAGGCGGCCGAUGCAGUGUUUUGGUUUGCCAUGGCGGGGGUGAGCGACGCGGAGCUCUAUGACUUAUUGUCCGACGUUUGCAUCAAAGAAUUGCGCCGGUUUGGAACCAAACCAACCUGUCGUGCCAAGGACAUUUUGCAAAUCAUGGAUCGAUUUGCAGCAUCGGGCGUACACUCGUCAGCGUCACGACAGUUGGAACACGUGGCCAAGGAAUGUUUGCAAACCAAAGACGACGAAGGCGAACCGGACGAAUUAUUGUUGGACCUUCACUCGGAUCGAUGUUUGCUGCUCUUGUGGAAGUUUUCCUCCCGACAAAAGAAGCAACAGUUCUUUCUACAAUUGGCACGAAAGCACUGGGAAACGCAACAAAGUGACCCAGAGCAUGUGACAAGGGAUACUCUACAUGGCGGGCUUUCACCAAUGUUGGAACGAAACGUCCCAGAAACGAGCAAGGAAGACGACACUGUUGUUUGGGAUGAACGAUUUGCAGACCCUACACGACCUCUUGUGAUUGAUGUCGGUUGUGGUAUGGGCUUGUCACUGCUGGGGUUAGCGUCUUUGGGACAGGCUGAUGGCAUUGAUCCGACGAUUCAAAGUAACGUGGAAUGCGAUUCUCUUCCAGCAGUACUGUAUGACGAUUGCAACUUCUUGGGGGUUGAUUUGAGCGGGUUGACCAUUGGAUAUGCGCAAGGAAUUGCGGAGCGAUGGGGACUCGGUGAUAGAUUGCAUUGGGAAGUGGAUUCGGCAGAAGCACUACUCCAAUGCGUCAUCGAUUCCUAUCCAGGUCCAGUUUUGCUGUGCUUGAUUCAGUUUCCAACUCCGUAUCGACUGCCGACAACACAGAGUGGAGGCAAUGCUCAGCUCCCAACGUCUGCCUUGGAUGGGUUCAUGGCAUCACCCAGCCUACUCAAAUUGAUUCAUCAAGUGUUAUCCAAAGAAUGCACCACUCACGGCAAGCAUGGAGUGGGACAUUUGAUACUCCAAUCCAACUGUGAGGAUGUUGCCUUGUGGAUGCAUGACGCAGCUACCACGGAGUGUGGCUUUCAAGCCAUGCCGAUGCUUCAUCCUGUCCAGGCAGCAAAAACGGACGAUUUGCCACAGCGCACCCAAAACUGGAUCGACAUGGGAGGCGCCCGUGCUGUGGGGUCAACCUGGAGUGCCGUACCCUUGCUACCAAGAAAAGGAUCCACCGAAACGGAAGUGGCUUGCCGCAUCAAUCGAACUCCCAUUCAUCGAUGUGUGCUGACUCCAAGGUUGGAACUGUAG